AUGUCGGCAUGCUCACCAGCGGUUGGCUUUUUGAGCUUGCCCAUCGAACUUCGCAAUGAAAUCUACAGAUACGUACUGGUUGUAGCUCAGCCACUUUACCUUUUUCGAGAAGCAGGUUCUUGUGUCGAAUCCUUCACGCCCGGCCGACCAGCUCGAUGGCCUGCUCUGCUGUCCACCAACCGAUUGAUACACAGCGAAGCCAGCGCAGCGCUGUACCGAAUGAACAAGUUCAACCUCGUCGGUAUAACCAGGGGCCAAGGUGGUCUCGUACGGUCUUUCCUAGACUGCAUCGGAGCUGCCAACGCAGCCGCAGUAUCUCAUCUGUGCAUCAACUUUCCAGCUGUGAAUGGUGCGGCAGGAGGACAGGGCAAGGCCAUUCUCAGAGAAGACGGCUUAAACGACUUGCGCGAUCUUGGCGAGGACUGCAUCAGCCUCGCGACUCUGGAAUUCUUCAUACACAGGGGAAAUUCCAGAGGUAUAACCAAUACAAGCGGCGAUGACGGGGUGCAGCUCGUCCAAGACGCCUUAUCGCAGAUCAAUGAGCAGAUUAAUACCAUUCUAUCGCUGAACAGAGUCAUCGUCAGGUCCUACCACGGGUCAAUCUGCCCUUCUGUCAUGGAGAGGAUGCGGAAAUUUGGGUGGGUGAUAUCACCUGCUACAUAG